CAUCAAUAAACGAGCAUAAUAAGAAAUUUCGGAAACUUUAUUAAAUGAACAAAGUUGACUGACUUAUAAAUAAAUCAAAAUUGAUUAAAAUAAACUUUACAGUCGUUACGAACAGACUGCUAGAAAAUAAUCAUUAAUAUCGUCAUCGAUUUGUUGUUGUCAUCAUUAUUAUUGACUGAACUGCAUACUUGUUAUUUAAGCUACGAUUUCUAAAGGUUCCUGCUCAAAACUCGCAAAAAUGGAAGAAAAUCAAAAUUUGAAAAAGGCAGCAAAGCGUAAACGGAGAAAACCGAAAAAUAAGCAAAAAAUCAUCGAAACUCAAAUUAUUGAAACAGAAUCAAUAGAAAUGGAUAAGAAGCAAGAAAAGUCCAAGGAACAGGUUUUAGCCGAACGACAGGCAAAAAAGACUGCAAAAAAGCAAGUUCAAAAGAAAUCUGACGACGUAAAAGAGGAAAUUAAGGUCGAGCAAGCACCUGUUGCUGCUCAAGUGAUCCAGAAGAAGCCUGAAAGUCCCGUAAAAACUCCAGUGCCAGUAAAAAAGGCAGAACAAGUGCAAUCAUCACAAGUCGAAAGUGCUAAGGAAACUGAAAAGUCUCGUGAUCAAGUCAAAGCUGAACGUGAAGCUAAAAAAUUGGCAAAACAAGCUGGAAAAACUAAAACUGUUGACAGUCCAAAGCCAGCUCCUAAACAACCAGAACAGAAUCAGAAACCAGCAAUAAUCAAACAGAAUUCUGACAUUGAAUUGUCAGCAAAAAUGGAAAGUCUUCACAUAUCUGAAUCAGAGCUAGCAGCACAGACAGAAACAAAGGCAAAGCCUGUAUCAAAAGCUGAACGACGAGCAAUUCAAGAGGCUCAAAGAGCUGCAAAAGCUAAACAGCAACAAGAUAAAAUAGAUAAGCAAGCAGCUGCUGUCAAAAAGACUAGUUCACCAACUGAAUCAAAGGCUAAGGAUGUCAAGCAGGAUCAAAAAACUCAAAAAUCACCAACAUCGACAAUUUCACAAAAAUCAUCGGCAUUACAUAAAGUAAGGCUGUUCAAGCACCUUUAUACAGAGAAAUGUGAUUUGAAGAUCAAGGCAAACAGUCGAUUCCAUCCAGCUAUUGUCAGAUUAGGAGCACAAUAUGCUAAUGAUACGAUUGUUGGAAGCAAUUCGCGUUGUUAUGCAUUCCUCAACGCUAUGAAAAUUCUUAUUAUUGACUUCAUCUGUCCAUCAGAAAAAGUCUUUUCGCGUGCUUUAGAAACUGAAAUUCAAGUUGCUGUCGAGUUCCUUCAGAAAUGUCGCCCACAUGCAGUGUCAAUGACUAAUGCUCUUAAAUAUAUUAAAGUACUCGUGUCACAGGAAAAUUCGAAUGAAAGUGAUGAGGAUAAAAAACAAAGAAUUAUCGAUAAAAUUGACACGUAUGCUCACGAACAAAUUGAAACGGCAGCAAAGUCAAUAAGCUUAAAAGUACGCGAGAAGAUUGCUGAAGACGAUGUCAUACUGACUUAUGGCUGCUCAUCAUUAAUCAAACGAUCAUUAGUAGAGGCAUGGAAGGAUGGCGAUAAGAAAUUUAGUGUUGUUGUUGUAGAUUCUCGACCCGAUCAUGAAGGACAAGAGAUGCUUAAAUCAUUAACAAUGGAAGGAAUUAGUUGCACUUAUGUCCUUAUAAAUGCAAUUAGUUUUAUUAUGCCGAAAGUAACAAAAGUUUUACUCGGUGCACAUGCUUUGUUAGCUAAUGGAUAUGUAAUGUCACGCGUUGGCACAGCACAAAUCUCAAUGAUUGCAAACUCAUACAAUGUUCCUGUUCUUGUUUGUUGUGAAACUCAUAAAUUUAGUGAACGUGUACAGACAGACUCAUUUGUCUAUAAUGAGAUUGGCGAUCCGAAUGCUUUAGUUAAAAACAAGAACUCUAAAGGAGUCUUUGAACACUUAAAGGAUUGGGAAUCAAUACCUCACUUAACGCCACUUAAUCUUAGAUAUGACAUUACGCCACCUGAACUUGUUACUGUUGUUGUGACUGAAGUUGCUCUUCUUCCAUGUACUAGUGUCCAAGUUAUAUUACGUGUUAAGCCAUCAGAGCUGAUUUAAAUUUAAAUAAUUGAUUAUUAUUUUUCAUUUUGAUAUUAAUGGUAAAUAAAUGAAUAUGUCAUCGACCAUGAGGAUGACUAAGGCUUUUUUUGUUCUUUGACACUGGAUGUAGAUUUUCUUUUACUAACCUACAAAUUGAUAACUUUUAGGAAUUGUUUUUAUUAAUAAUAAAUCAGUUUAAAGGUCCUGGAUCAGAUAUAAACUAGUGAAAAGUAAAUGCAAGGAAACGUUUUAAACAUAACCUAUAGACAAUUGUUAAAUACUGGUUCUCAUAAAUUGGAAUUUCAAAUACUUUUUUACAUAUUUUGUUGCUCAGUUGCUAGAUUUUUCUUAUUCUUUCUUUUUACCCCGAUUGCGGAUCGAAAAGUCGCUUCCGAUCAAUAUACGAAAAAGUAGAAAAAUACAUUUCAUUACAUUCAUAAUGCUCCCAUUCUAGCUAUCUGAUCGAAUUGAGCAGAAAGAUUAUAUCCGAAAUAAUUAUUCAUCAUAUUGAAAAGAAGUACAAAUAAAUAUUUUGUGAAAUAACUUUAUUCUGUUUUUGUGAUUUGGAUAUAUCGUUUUCUUCGGGGCAAAGCACCGACAAUCAAAGGUUGAAGGCUUUUCAAGUUAAACGGGUUCCUGCUUACAACUUACCAAUUAGAAAUCCAGACAUAAAGUCGCCAUUUAAUUUAUCACAGACCAGCCAAAAACAUCAAAUAACUGAUAACCUCCUGUAAAAGUAAGUCAAGUCAUCAAGUGAUGACCAAAAUAAUCCUUUGGAAAACCACUGCCUUAAAAUCAAUUUCAUAUCAGAAAACUUUCUAACGAAAACACCUAAAAGCAGUUCUUAUCUUAAUUUUGAUAAGACAAUUUUCGUGUAUUUUUAUCAAUUUCCCAUCAAC